AGCUACAAAAUCCUGGCGUGCAUCUAAAAAAGUGUUCUCUGUUUACCUUUAGCUACCGCUUAACCGUUUUCGUAAGUUUGUUAGAAUUCUCAAAAGACCAAAUGAACAGACACGUAGAGGAUGAUUCAUAUGAGAUAGAGGAGCCAAGUGAUGAAGAAAGAGCUGAAGACAGGUAAUUAUGGGUGUAUGGUUUGGCGUUAGCAUUUGGAUAGCUAGCUAGCAGACUUAGGUAAACUGGUCGUUCAAUGCAAGCAUGGCCGCUAGUGAUGCUAUCUAGCUAGUAGGCUAACGUGUCAAUGUUAAAUGUUUGGUUAUUGUGUUAACAUAUUAUGUACCUUGAUUUGCUUGAAGGCCCAUAACAUUCAAGAUUACUUGGACAAAUCUGUGAUGCAGGGUUGGGGUCAAUUCCAUUUCAAAAAUUGACUGAAUUGAAAUAAUCGACCCCAGUCCUGCUAUCAAUAAGUACUUUAUUGUAGGGGCGCAAAAGUUGUGUGUUGUUCAAACAGGAUCUGACCAAUUAAAACUGUACAUCAUCAAGAACCUCCUAUGUUGUUGCUGUAUUUCCAGCUCUGAGGAUGAGCUGGAAGUGCUCUUGAACGGGACCCCAGAUCAGAAGAAGAAACUCAUCCGAGAAUACCUCACUGGGGAGAGUGAGUCCUCCAGUGGGGAUGAGUUUGAGAAAGAGAUGGAGGCAGAGCUCAGCACCACCAUUAAAACUAUGGAGUGCAAAUGGGUGCCACCUACAGCAUCAGCAGGUGGAAUUUCCUUCUAGCAUCAUUGUGUGUCUUUUUUUGUGUGGGAUACCUGUCCAAUUAGUAGGCCUAUGCACAGUGUUCUGUUAUGAAUAGGGAUAACACUUCAGCUGCAUUUACUGAAUUUGUUGGCCAUUUUAUCUUAAUUACCGCUGUACUCAUAUUAUCACUGUACUCAUAAGUGUCCAUCUGUCCAUCCCAGGGGAGACUUCAGGUACCAAUGAUAAUGCUUCAACACCUGGGUUACCACAGCCAGAGCUUUAUGACAACGUUUAUUUUGACUCCGAUUCAGACGAGGAGGAAACAGCUCCAAGUAAGUGUGUAGCUCGGAUUCAUUGGUAAACCAAACUCUGAGACACCGAGGGACGGUUUCCUGGACACAGAUUAAGCCUAGCCCUGGACUAAAAAGCUAUUUCAAUUGAGAUUCUCCAUCGAGCAUGUUUAAGUUCAGGACAGAGUCUUAUUGUGUUGUACAGAUGCUGCAAAAGAAAAACAUAAUCGUUUGAUCCUCUUCUGCAGGUAGUUCGUCAGGUCAGAGACGCAGGAAACAGCGAUCCAUCCCCACCAAUGAUGAACUACUGUACGACCCUGAUGAGGAUGACCGGGAUCAGGCAUGGGUGGACGCCAAGAGGAAGAGGUAAGCAAUGUAUCCAUAAUACAAAAUGUUCCAAAAGUGUUUUGGUGUGUAAGAGGUACCGGUAUAUCAAGUCUGACACCAACAGGCUCUUGAACAGCUUCUAUCCCCAAGCAAUACGACUGGUAAAUAGCUAACAGAAUAGCUACACAGACGGAGUUUACUUUGUAUCUUUAUUGACCUUUUAUUUCAGUAUUUGCACUGUCUCUAUGCACACUCACAGGGCCAUACACACUCACACACACUGUCACUCCAACACACGCACACGUGUCACUCCAUCAUUUGCUCACGCUCACAUAAUAUGCACAUACAUUUAUACUGACUCUGCACACCCACUCACAUGCAAGCUGCUGCUACUCUAUAUCUUAUAUCCUGUUGCCUAGUCACCUUACUCCUAUACAUAUUUACCUCCAUCACUCCAGUAUCCCUGCACAUGUAUGAUAUUGGAACUGACUAUUUAUAUUUCCUGUAUAUAGUAUGCUUACUUACUUUAUUGUGUAUUUCUUGUUUAGUUUUUUCUAGUAAUACAUCUUUAUUGAUUAUUGCAUUGUUGGGCUUUGAGUUUGCAAGAAAGGUAUUUCACUGUACUUGUGCAUGUGACAUUAAAACUUGGAGGGGAAGAAAUUGCCAGGUGAAAGUUGAAAGAAAAUCUAAAUAUUUAGGGUCGGUUUCCCGAACCCAGAUUAGUAAAGCAUGCUUGGUGGAGAAUCUCAUUUGAAAGUGCUUUUUAGUCAAGAGUAGGGUUGGUUUUGGUCACAGAUGUCAAUUAUGUUCCCCUAUUUGAUCAGGUACAAUGAAAAGAGAAGAUUGCCAUCAUCACGGAACAGAAGAGGGCAGUCCCAGGGGCUUCCAAGCAGCGAUGCUGUCCUUAACUGUCCAGCAUGCAUGAUCACGCUGUGCCUCGACUGCCAAAGGUAGGAAAUGAAGACUUGUAGAUUAAUUUGGCUGUGAAUAUUGUCUUUAAAUGAAAAAAAUUGAAGAAAACCAAUUGUCUGAGUUUUUUUGUCCACAGGCAUGACAAAUACAGGACUCAAUACAGAGCCAUGUUUGUCAUGAACUGCACCGUAAACAAAGAGGAGAUUUUACGGUACAAAACGCUCAAUGAGAAAAAUCUGAGGAACAGAAAGAGGAGGAAAGGGUGUCAACCAGAGCCAACAACAGCAAUGGAAGCCACAGAUUCAGGAGCGGUGUUGGGGAUGGGCGGAGAGAUCUACCAUCCUGUCCAGUGUACAGAGUGCUCCACUGAGGUGGCAGUGCUCGAUAAGGACGAGGUCUACCACUUUUUUAACAUCCUCGCCAGCCACUGCUAAAAUUACACUGUUGCUGUGACCUUUGUGAUAUCUCUGAUAAGACUUCUGUUGCCUGAAUGCACAUGCCAACAUAUUUUUGUGGUAUAAGACAGGUGUGUAUUAUCAUGUACAGUACCUGUACAGCCACUGUCCUCCAACAUUAUAUUAAGUUUACCCCUAUGGUAUUUGUAUUUUUCUUGGUAUUUAUAUAUUUUUUGUGUGCAACAAAUCUACUUAUUUUGUUUUUCUGAAGUUGGACCUGGCUACCACAGAUAUUUAGUCAUUAGUACAUAUUAAAAACA